AUGGGAUUUGAUACUUUUUCCUCGCUGCUCUGUCUUUAUGGUGGUUCGGCAGUAGGACUUAUCGGAAGCCUUGCCAACAAAGGACGGCAGGGAUAUUUUAGUCAAGUUAUUAAUCCUGAGGCCAAUACUCACUUUACCGGCUCAGAAGGAUUUUUGUUUUCAGCGAUGACUGAGACAGUAAAAAAAACAUCAGAGAAUAUUCCUGAGUGGGUAUGCAACACCGAAAAAGAAGAAAAGUAUAAUUAUUUAGGAGAAGUCAAGGUUGGUUCAAGUGAGAUGGAAAUAGCCGAAAAAAAUACCAAAGACACCUCCUGGUGGGGAAAAUUUGUAGUAUUGUUAGAGAAAAUGGAACUAAAAAUUGGAACUGGAUUUCUACCUCACAGCCGGUUCUGGGUGCUGCCAAUAAUUUUCGUAGUCUUUUUUCUUUUGAUAUUCCUGGCGGUUGAUGUGCGAAGAGCCCUGGCCAAAGCCAUGGCCAAGACCUUGAAAAGUUAUUCCCUCAAUACUUUGGCUUACAGCAUAACAGUUAUUCAUAUGGCGCGAAUGGUGGCUGAGGGAAUUUCGCCUUUUAAUGGCAAUCUCCAAAUGUCCUUAACCGCUACUAACUCGUCUGCUCCCGGCAUGGGAAAAACUACCUUUGUCCAAAAUCUGGCUAAUGCUAUGGGUCGGGACUGUGAACCAAUAUCUUUGGCUGGCUUCAAGGAAUCUAAGGAAUAUUCCAUUUUAGGAGAUGAUAAAAAACCUAAAAAAGUUGAGGAUAAAGAAAUUCAGAAGCAUUUAAUUCAACUUUUUAAAGAUUAUAAAGAAGGAAAAAAGUUCACUGAUAAAUAUUUUCAAACUGAAAUAGAUUUAAGCCACAUUACCUUUUUUGCUACUGUAAAUUAUAUUGACGACUUAGACAUGGAACUAAAAAAUGAGGUUAAUAUAACUGAAUUACCAGAUUUCACUAAUGAAGAAAAAGAAAAAAUUUUAAAGAUGAAAGCGAAGGAAAUUAAUGAGAAGUAUUCUGAAAAAAAAGGUGGCAUUAUAACCGAAAAGGUUAUUAAAGAGAUACUCAAACAAAUUAAAGAAGUAGGAGUGCGGCAAGCCGAAAGAGCAUUACGUAAAAUUGAGGAAGAAUAUAUUUAUACUAAAAACAAGAAUAAACAGUUUACCGUUCUGGAAAAUCCUCAGGAAUGA